CGAUACUCGCAACUUUUACAUCGUCCUAAAUACGAAAUGCUUGGCAUGUAGUCGUGGAUUUUACUGAAUGACUCAACGUCUGCAUAAAUAGUUGAAUUCACCCCCUUAAAGAAAAGGCCAUCGUAGAAAAAUCUUCACUAUGCCUUCAGACAUUGUCGACAAUCCAGCUGGCGACUCCUCAGAUCAGCGUCAGCAAAGGAGCCCUGUUCCAAGCUAUCAGUGGGAAUACACAGUCGAUGGCGAAAAGUACAUGAUAUCCAACGACAAAGACCGACUUGACUUGUCGCUUUUUAAUAAAGCGUUUGAAUCCGACAGCGUGUACUGGACCGACGCCAUGUCCGACGAAGCCAUCUCGCUCAUGGUCGAGCAUUCGUGCGUGCUCGGACUGUACAAGCUGAAGCCCAUGCGCGUCGAAGCCAACCGGAACAUCAAGCACAACACGAUCCAGGUCGCGGAGCAGAUUGGAUUCGGCCGGCUGAUCACGGAUUACUCCACGGUUGCGUACAUCACGGACGUGUGGCUCUCGCCCGAGCAUCAAGGCAAAGGCCUCGGUCGGUGGAUGGUCAGCUGCAUGAAGAAGAUCAUCGACGGCUUCCCGUCGCUGCGGCGGGCGGUCCUCCUGACGAGUCUGCACGGGAAGGGCCCCAAAUUCUACGAGAGCGAGCUUGGUAUGAAGCUGGCCGAUCCGCAGAAAGACAAAUACGCCUUCAUGGAGUACACGCCGAAUUGAGACCGCAUUGUAUGAGAUGAACGCGUGUUCCCAACGUGCCAGGGUUUGCCUGACAUUGCGCUCCGUCUCAAUAUCAUAUCAGUCUCCCAUAGAGUUUCGUCACUAUAUGGAGCUAUGGCAAACGCCCGGUGAGAUUUUUGGGGAGAGGGCCAUGCGGGAGAAGAGUUAAUAAAAACAACAUAGGGUUGUUCACAAAGCACUUCGCGUGUUAUUAUUAAUCCCGAUUUUAUGCAAGUCGAAAUACAUAGAUUGCUACUUCAGUGCACCGUUUGGGUAACGCGAGCUGCCCCGAAUUCUUGUUUUUCUAACUCAGGCAUAGAUGACUUUGUUUGAUAUUCCAGCGACUCAUGAGUCUCCUAUCCCUCGCCAACAAUGUCACUCACUUAGCGCUACGCAUGCAGCACCGUGUUGAGGAAACUUG